AUGGAGUACUCAAUGAGACUAAGUUCUCUCUCAUUAUUGUUAGCAGUGUUUCUUCUUGUGACAAAUUCAAAUGGAGAAGAUCCUUAUAGAUUCUAUACUUGGAAUGUUACCUAUGGAGAUAUCUAUCCUCUUGGAGUUAAACAACAGGGUAUAUUGAUUAAUGGGCAGUUUCCUGGACCACAGAUUGAAGCUGUCACUAAUGAUAACUUGAUUAUCAGUGUUUUCAAUAGCUUGGAUCAACCUUUUCUUUUUUCUUGGAAUGGAGUAGAGCAGAGAAGAAAUUCAUGGCAAGAUGGAGUAUAUGGAACAAACUGUCCUAUUCCACCAGGGAAGAACUUCACUUAUGUUCUUCAAGUAAAAGAUCAGAUUGGUAGCUUCUUUUACUUUCCCUCCCUUGAAUUUCACAAGGCUGCAGGUGGUUAUGGUGGCAUCAAAAUUAACAGCCGUCCUAUGAUUCCGGUACCGUUUCCUCCUCCAUCAAAUGAUUUCACCGUGUUAGCCGGAGAUUGGUACAACAGAAAUCAUACCGAUCUGAAAGCCGUUCUCGACAAUGGAACUGACCUUCCUUUUCCUGAUGGACUUAUCAUCAAUGGUCAUGGUUCUAAUGCUUUCACAUUCAAUGUUGAUCAAGGCAAGACUUACAGAUUCCGCAUAUCAAAUGUCGGCCUCACAACUUCCAUCAAUUUCAGAAUUCAAGGCCAUAAGAUGAAACUAGUUGAAGUGGAAGGAAUCCACACACUACAAAACACUUAUGAUUCUCUUGACAUUCAUUUGGGACAGAGUUACUCGGUAUUGGUUACUACUGAUCAACCGCCACAAGACUAUUAUAUCGCUGUCUCUUCGCGGUUUACCUCUCAAGUUUUGACAGCUACCUCCAUACUUCAUUACAGUAACUCGGCGAAAACUGUUUCUGGUCCUCCCCCAGGAGGCCUCACUGUUCAAAUCGAUUGGUCUCUCGAGCAAGCUCGCUCCCUCAGGAGGAAUCUUACGGCUAGUGGACCGAGACCUAAUCCACAAGGAUCUUACCAUUAUGGUUUAAUAAACACGACGCGUACAAUUAGACUUCAAAACUCUGCACCAAUUAUCAACGGCAAGCAACGAUACGCUGUUAAUAGUGUUUCCUUCAUCAACCCCGAUACACCACUUAAACUAGCUGAUUAUUUCAAUAUCCAAGGAGUUUUCAGCCUUGGAAGUAUUUCGGACAGUCCUACGGGCGGUGGUGGCUACCUCCAGACUUCUGUCAUGGCUGCUGAUUUUCGAGGCUACGUCGAAAUCGUGUUUGAAAAUCCCGAAGACACUAUGCAGUCUUGGCACAUUGAUGGUCAUCACUUCUUUGUUGUAGGAAUGGAUGGAGGACAAUGGUCAGCUUCAAGCAGAUCAAAUUACAAUUUAGGAGACACAAUUUCUCGUUGCACAGUUCAGGUAUAUCCUAAGUCAUGGAGUGCAGUGUACAUGCCUUUGGACAAUGUGGGAAUGUGGAAUGUGAGAUCAGAGAAUUGGGCUCGUCAGUACUUAGGACAACAGUUUUAUCUUCGUGUGUAUUCUCCGGCAAAUUCGUGGAGAGAUGAGUAUCCAAUACCAAGUAAUGCUUUGCGGUGUGGCCGAGCUAUAGGUCAUUAA